UCUUAUCAAGAGCGUCCCGCACCGCGACACCGACAUAUCUCAAAUCUGACUUCACUCCUCAUAGACUUUGCACUACACAGGCUUUAGACCUUACGGCAUCACGAACGCUCAAGAACACAGAUUACGGAUAAACAUGGGUUCAUUACCACAAGCAUCACCUUUCAGGGUCGCCAUCGUCAAAGCCUACGAGAUCGACGAGCCAAAGCACAGGGGAAUGUUGCAGUCGUUUCGAGAUAACGUCCUGCAACAAGUUCCAGAUGCCAUCAUCGACGCAUAUCGACCGAUGAAGGAAGACGGCCACCUUCCAGCGCCUGCGGACUACGAUCUCAUUAUUAUCACCGGCGGACUGAGCAACCUGUGCCAGGCGACCUAUGAGCCUUGGGUCGACACCACGCUGGAAUGGAUUCGACAAGUGGUGGCGCAGCAACACAUCACCAAAACCAAGCUGCUCGGCAUCUGCUGGGGUCAUCAGGCAAUUGCAACAGCUCUUUCUGGCAAAGUCGGAAGUUUUGAACAUCCAAGAGUUGGCGUGGAAUUACUCACUCUGAAUGAUGAUGGUAAAGCACUUUUUGGCAAAGAGGCGCUGAAAAUCACAAAAUUCCAUAAGCGCUUUGUGCAGAAUGUGCCCAACGGCUUCAAGCCAUUGGCGCCUGAGAACGAAAUCCUCCUGUCAGACUCUGGGCUCGUCUUAUCACUUCAAGGUCAUCCAGAGAUUUACGGCGAGCUUUCCAGACAGCUCUUCGAUAUGAACGUUCCAUAUUACAGAGCGACACUGCCAACCGAGGAUGAUCUUCAGCGAUACUACUCCGAGAUGUCCUCGAGCGAGCAGGACGCCAAGCUGAUAUUCCACAAGGUUACGGAAUGGGCGCAGUCAUGAUUUCAUCAGCAUUUAGACAUGAGCCCUUUAGAUAUGAUUGCAUAAAGCAUAGAUUCUAUCAAUAAAGACUACAGCGUUUCCCCUAUUCAAGA